AGGAGAGCGGUCGUUGGUCCUCCUGCGGGGGCAGCGUCAGUGACAGGAGCAGGAAGAUGUUGUUGGGGGAGGAGGCGGCGGCGGACGCGGUGGUAUUUCAACGUGUUGUCGGAACUAGACGCUAACUGUAGCGCUGCCGCUGGUGCCCUGGUGCUCCCGAUGACAGGUGAUAUCAGGCAGAGCAGCAGAAGAUUGUCAGAAUGUUGGAGUCUUACGUGACUCCGAUCUUGAUGAGUUAUGUGAAUCGUUACAUCAAGAAUCUGAAGCCAUCUGAUCUUCAGCUGUCUUUAUGGGGAGGAGAUGUGGUGCUCAGUAAACUGGAAUUGAAACUUGAUGUGCUGGAACAGGAGUUGAAGUUACCAUUCACCUUUUUGAGUGGACAAAUUCAUGAAUUAAGGAUUCAUGUGCCAUGGACAAAGCUGGGUUCCGAGCCUGUCGUUAUAACCAUAAAUACCAUGGAAUGUAUCCUAAAGCUAAAGGAUGAUGCGCAUAAUGAUCAUGAGAGCUGUGGCUCCAGUUCAACAAACCGUAGCACGACAGAGAGCGUAAAAUCGUCAGCUAAAACUCGUCGCAUCCAUCAAGUAGCCUCUAUUGACCCUGACUUACCUCCAGGUUAUGUUCAAAGUCUGAUUAGGCGUGUUGUUAACAAUGUAAACAUUGUAGUCAACAACCUCAUCUUGAAGUAUGUGGAGGAUGACAUUGUUCUCUCAGUCAACAUUACAUCUGCAGAAUGUUUUACAGUGGAUGAGUUUUGGGAUCGAGCCUUCAUGGAUAUCUUGGCUCCAGAACUGGUGUUGAGGAAAGUGAUCAACUUUGCUGAUUGUACUGUUUGUCUGGACAAGCGAAAUGCAAGUGGAAAGAUCGAGUUUUACCAAGACCCUUUGCUCUACAAGUGCUCCUUCUGCACGAGAUUGCACUUUACUUACGACAACCUCAACUCUAAAAUUCCAUCAGUUAUUAAGAUCCAUGCUCUUGUUGAAAGUUUGAAACUCUCUAUCACAGACCAACAACUUCCUAUGCUUAUCCGUAUAAUCCAACUUGGAAUUGCCCUCUACUAUGGUGAAAUUUGCUCUUACAAAGAUGAAGUGGAAGACGCAAGUUUAAGUGCAAAGGAAGCAUCCAUUACUCAAGUGGGUGAUGAAUCUGAAGUUGGGAUUCAAGGACAACAUGGAGUACUGUACCAGACUGCAGAUGUACAACAGUUUCUUCAGCAACAGGAUGACGAUCAAGGAUGGGUAUCUUGGGCAUGGUCCCUUGUUCCUGCGCUGGUCAGUUCUUCUGAGGAGGGAGAGGAGAGCUACGAAGUAGAUGAAGAUGGCAUUAAAAUAAAUCUGCUGCGAUCAUUGCCUCCCAAGGAUCCUGUGGUUUCAGUGGGAUUCUACUGCACCAAGGCAUCAGUCACUUUUAAGUUGACGGAAAUGCAAACAGAGAGCAGCUACUAUAGCCCUCAGAAAGUUAAAUCAAAAGAAGUGAUUUGCUGGGAGCAAGAAGGAACUACUGUCGAGGUGCUGCUGAUGGGAGAACCUUUCUUUGAUUGCCAAAUGGGUUUCGUGGGCUGCAAGGCUUUUUGCCUCAAGGGAAUAAUGGGUGUAAAGGAUUUUGAGGAAACUGCAAACAGAACUGAAACCGAAACCUGUUUCUUCAGUUGCGGUGAAAGUCUGAACAGCAAAGGAUUAACAUACCUCACCAAUUCCCUGUUCGAUUACCGAAGUCCAGAAAAUAAUGGUGUCAGGGCCGAGUUUAUUUUGGAUGCUGCCCAACACAAGGAGACAUACACAGAGAUAGCUGGUGUGCAGCGUUUUGGGGCUUUCUACAUGGAUUACCUGUACACAAUGGAGUGCAGUGCUGGCAAAGGUACAACUUGUCAGCAGCAAGAUGCUUCCAUGAACAAAAGUGAAGAUCUGAACAAUGUCCAAGAGAUGUCGGCCAAACGUCUAGUUGUUGGUUCAUUGGAGCUUCGGCUGGACAGUAGCUCUGUCCACAGGAUACUGAAGAUGGUGGCGUGUGGGCUCAAUCAUGAGUAUGAACCGUACAGCAAGCCGAACUCAGAAACUGAGGAUGAAAACAGAACAUUGCCGAGCCAAGAGGAAGUUGCAGCUUUGGAAGAAUAUAUUCCAACAAGAUUAACAUGCAUAACUAUUUUAAAAUGCACAUUUACAAUUACACUGGCUGAGUUCAACCUUCUGGACAAUUUAUUUCCUAUAAUUUUAGGUCAAAAGCAUUCCUUGCCUUAUUUAAGUGCUCCACAUUUUCAUCCAUUGCGACCCUUACCUGCCUUGAGAGUACAGGUGGACAAAGUUAGUUUGGAUCAUUCAGUGCCAAUGUAUGCUGGACAACUUAUACCCACUGUCAGCAGCCUUAACCAGCCACCUGAUAACUUGUUGCAUUGCUGUUAUGUUCACUGUUGUGUCAAGAUAUUUGGUUUCCAGGCAGGCCUGACCUCCUUGGAUACUGAAGGAUCGUUCUGUCCUCCUGUCCCAGUCAUUCCUUCCUUCAGCACAGCUUUUUAUGGCAAAUUCCUUCAACUUCCGUCACAUUGGGUGAAACGACCUUUUGUUACAACAUCAGAAUGUAUAUUUGAGUUGCCCAGUCUGACUGUACAAGUUACAAGGGCCCAAACGUUGUUGCUGCAAGCCAUUUUACAGAGUUGGACACAUAAUCCAGGAGCAUCUGUAUCAUCACCAGUAGAUGAAUCUUUGAUAAAGGACAUCUUCAGACCUUCAGGUGUGAAAUCCCAGAAUCCAUUGCCAACUCUGGAGGGUUCUAUCCAAAACGUUGAGUUGAAGUAUUGUAGCACAUCAUUGGUAAAAUGUGUUUCGGGGACCAUGGGAUCAAUAAAAGCGUGUGCCAAAGCCCCAGGAAGAAGUGAUGGGAGGAAGGAGAAAUUGAUUCCAUUAAUACAAGGACCUUCAGACACCAGAGAAUUGCAUAAGAGCAAAUGGUUGAAUGAAAGCAGGAAACCAGAGUCUCUUUUAGCUCCCGAUCUGCUGGCUUUCACUAUCCAGGUUCCUCUGCAAAUGGACAGCUAUCACAACUCUGGGGCUGUUCUGUUGGCCUCCGUGCAAGGAAUUGCUGUCAAUGUGGACCCAAUCUUCUACACAUGGCUUCUUCAUCAGCCUCAGAAAGGGAAUGUGAAACAUCGACCACAGCAGUCUGCAGGAACUGUUCAAUUAGUUAUGCCAACAACAAGGAAGAAAGAAGAUGAGGUAUCAGUUGGCAGCACACCUUUGGCAAUGCAGCAGUCAAACCAGGCCUCGGAAUAUGCCAGUAGUCCUCUCAAGACAAAAACUGCAACAGAAUCUCGACCGCUCUCUGUACCGAUCAAGCUAAUGCAAAGCAGUGAAGAAUGGAGCAGUUCAGAAGAACGAAUGAAAGCGUUUAUUGGAUUAGUGUGGGAUGCUGUCAAACGUCUAACAUUGCAGCUGGAGAUUCAGUCCUGUUGCAUGUUCUUUCCAAUUGAGAGCCUGCCCUCACCAAGUACGAUCGUGGCUGGUGACAUACCUGGCACAGUGAGGAAUUGGUACCAUACGGAAGAGAACAUGCCUGGAACUUUGGUCAUCUGCCUACCUCAGAUCAAAGUGAUCAGUGCAGGCCACAAAUACAUGGAACCUCUACAGGAGAUUCCUUUUGUGAUUUCAAAGCCUAUUCUUGAAGAAGGCGACGCUUUCCCUUGGACCAUCAGUCUCAGCCAGUUCAGUGUGUACACCCUGCUCGGCCAGUUGAAGACCUGUAACCUGGUGGAACCCUUGGGCUGCACCUCAACCCUGGCCGUCACUUCGCACAAGAUGCAAGCCUGCGGCCCUGAGACCAGGCAUUCCUUUGUCGUCUGCCUGCACGUGGACCUGGAGUCCCUGGAAGUGAAAUGCUCAAACCCCCAGGUGCAAUUACUGUAUGAGCUGGCAUACAGUAUGACUAAUGCAUGGGAGAAAAUACAGAAGAAAGGCAUUUUGCGGCAGUCUCCCAUGUACCCAGAGCCUUCCUUGGGACCGAUGCCAGGGUCACCAGUACGAAGCAGUGUCAGUACAGCACCACCAGAUGCCAGCACUUGUAGUCCUUCUGCUGACAUUGGCACCACCACAGAGGGUGAUUCAGUUCAAAUGGUUGAUGAGAGCCCUUUCUCCGACUCUUCCACCUUGGAGCAGAAAACGAGCAAUAUUGGUGGGACCACUGGAUGUAUCAGUUUAUGGAUGCAGUGGAUGCUACCCAAAGUGACAGUCAAAUUGUUUGCUCAUGAAGCUGGAUUGAAUGGCACAGAGAUCUGUGUCGUGGGAGAACUUGAAGACCUGAGUGCUUCAGUAGAUAUUCAAGAUGUUUACACUAAACUGAAAUGCAAAGUGGGCAGCUUCAAUAUUGAUCACUACAAGAACAGCCUCGGGGAAGGCCCGUGGUCUCUGGGGCAUUUCGGAGGUGUCGUACUUUCUUGUACUGACAAGCUGAACAGACGCACCUUGUUGAUCCGACCCCUCAGCAAGCAAGAUCCUUUCAGUCAUUUCUCUGGCUUCUUUCCUCCUAUGGCAGCCAAACUUUUGGAAGGCUCCCACCAGCAGCACGGAUUUCUUUCCCUCACCUACACCAGGGCGGUAACGCGAAACGUCAGGCACAAGUUAACGUCGAGGUCGGAGCGGGCUUCGCGGAGCUUGCACAGGCUGUCGGAAGGCGUGGUGGACAGUUCUCCCCAGUACCUUCACGAGAUCCUCCUCAGUUCCCAGCCUUUCGACGUCGUGCUCUCCUUCCCACUGAUUCACAAGGUGGUCGGCAUAUUCCAAGCUAAGUUGCCGAAGAACCCAAGGGGAAAGAGGAAAUCAACGGGGCAACCCAUGAGGGCACAUACCUUGACAUCGCGGGACCUGCCGCUUAUGUACAUCAACACAAGUGUUAUCCGAGUUUUCUUUCCCAAAGGGGAGCAUGAGCAGCAUGAAGGAGGAGUUGCAGAGACUAAAGAGGAUACUUUGGUUGUUAAAAUUGGUUCAGUAUCCAUGGCUCCACAAGCUGAUAACCCGCUCGGAAGGACAGUUCUGAGGAAAGACGUUUACCAGAGAGCUUUGAAUUUGGGAAUUCUGCGAGACCCAGGAUCUGAAGUGGAAGACAGACAGUACCAGAUUGACCUGCAGUCUAUUACCAUCGGAACAGCCCUGUGGGAUCAGCUGAAGCCUGAAAAGGAAGUUAGCAAAGGAGGACUUUGCACAGAAAAUGAAAGGAAUUAUCAGAACCCAGCACUGGAAUGGAACAUGGCCAGCAGUAUUCGACGUCACCAAGAGCGAAGAGCCAUUUUAACUCCAAUUUUGACGGAUUUCACUGUGCGGAUAACAGCUGCCCCUGCCAUUCUGUUCAAAAAACAACUCUCACCUGAUAACGCACAGACUGAGGAGAUAAUAGUGUGCGGCCAUUCACUGGAAGUCAAUGUCACCACAAGUCUGGACUUUUUCCUCAGCGUAGCUCAAGUACAACUCUUACAGCAACUAGUACAAGCCAAUAUGCUUGGAGUGGAAGUGUCAGACCAACCAUCGGAGUUCCAGCAACAAGAUCAGAAUAAGGUCACCUCUUCAGAAGGAGUUCCUAUGGACGGUUCAUCACGGCACAGUGGUGCCCGGGACAGUGGUAUCGGGAGCGACAGUGCACGAAUCCGGAUUGUUCAAAUUGAACAGCGGAGUGGAACCAGCCACCAUCUUGCCAGGCCUUCCCGUCAGUCCUCCAUCGUGAAGAACUUAAAUUUUAUCCCCUUCGACAUAUUUAUUACAGCUGGUCGUGUCUCACUCAUGACUUAUUCCUUCACAAUGAAUCCCAAAGCAAAGCUCCAACAAGAAAGUCAACAAAUGAAAGAGAGUGACAAAUUUAGCAAGAGCACGUUAAACCUGCUGAGCGUUGAGACCGAAGAGGCACCAGAGAACAAAGCGGGCCAGGUGGGGAUUGCAGUCAUGACAGCUGACAACCUCCUGAAUAGUAACGUGCCGUUAUCCACAGGGAAGGUCACCGGUCACUUGUCUUUGGAGAGUCUCCACACACCUAGCAGGUCUUCAGCUCGACAAGCUCUUGGAAUCACCAUAGUCCGACAACCAGGUCGCAGAGGAACGAAUGAUCUUCAACUGGAGCCCUUCUUAUACUUGGUGAUAGCCCAGCCUUCAUUAUUAUUGAGUUGCCAUCACCGGAAGCAGAAGGCCGAGCUAUCGUUUUUUGAUGCCACAUUGAAAGCCGUGCCAUCAGACUACAAAUGUAUGGAUCCAGGUAAGACCCUUCCUGAAGCUCUGGACUACAGUGUGUUUUGGUUACAGACCGCUGCGGGGGAUGCUGAUCUCAAAGCUGGCAUUCCCCCUCCACUCCUCUCUUUGCAAAUUAAAGACUUUCUCAAUGGUCCAGCUGAAGUUUAUUUGGAUUUAUCACGCCCUUGGAAAGUAAACUUAAGUCUAGUCAAAUUGGAUCAAGUAACAAAUUUCGUCAAGAAGAUCCUGCCGAGAUAUCAACAUGACAUUGCCUCCAAGACUGCAGUCUCCCCCAAAAGGGUUGACAAUAAAGAGGAGAUAUUUACAUCAACAUUUGGAUUGAGGAAUGAACCUAAAUCACUCGGUGAAAGGACAUUUGGUCAAGGAAGCAGUUGGAAAGCCGUGUCCUUCUUCCAGAAGUUUUCCAUCCACACCGUUCAGAUUGUGGUCGUCAUGGAGACAUUACCUCAUCCCAGCAGGCCUGGCCUUCUGGCCUCGCUUUCCAGUCUCAAAGGUGUUCUCAACAUAAAAGCAGACCCCAAACCCACAGGAACGAUCACGGGUGCCACAUUUACACUCCAACUGAAGGAUCUGCUCAUAAAGACGUGCCUCAACGACAGGAACAAGGCAUUAAUUGGCCCGUUCUGCUGCUCUGUGCAACUGGAAGCUAAGUGGUGCAUGCACAGCGGCAGCCCUGACCCUUUUCAUUCCGUCCCAAAAGUGCUGGGUGAUAUGAAGGCCGGACUGAUCCAGAUAUUCUGGGGCCAAGAGCAUUUGAACUGCUUGAAUAUGCUACAUGAACUACUUCAAGGCUACCUCAGGCAAGAAGCCAAAUCACAGACGCCAGACCACACACGGCAACCAUCGUUCUCCGUGGGCAGGCAACAAACUUCCAAGACCGAACAAAGUUCUGAUGAUUUGAGAACGGGACAGUUUCAGUACAUUCAAGAUGCAGAUGCACAAAAGCUGCCAAAUGUUUUUGAAGUGGUGUUUUACAAUGAGACUGAUGAGCAUCCAGGGAUGAUGAUGUGGCGAUAUGCCGAACCUCGUGCCCUGACGCUUGUUAGAAUCAACCCAGUGCCUUUCAACACCACUGAAGAUCCGGACAUCAGCACUGCCGAUCUUGGAGAUGUCCUUCAGGUACCAUGUAGCCUGGAGUAUUGGGACGAACUUCAACAAGUAUUUGUGGAUUAUCGCCAAUUUAGUUUGUCUGAAAGUAAAGCAUGUGAACUACAACUACCGAACAUCACCUUGGCUAAUGAUCAAAAGGAGCUUGUAGCUUCUGACCUGUGGAGAAUUGUUCUUAAUAGUAAUCAAGAAGCGACUGAAGAGCAGAGCAGCGAUGGCGAGUCAGGAUCCCAGAGUCUCUGUGACCAACUUGUGUCUCCAAUGGCCUUGGCAGCCUGCACCAGGGUGGAUUCGUGCUUUGCCCCCUGGUUUGUUUCUUCCCUUGGUGUUUCAUUACAGCUUGUUCAAAUCGAACUUCACCUCUGCCAUCAUUUGGAUCAACUGGGUACAGCUCAAGCCAGUUGUCUCCAGGCAUUCACCCCCGAUGGAAAGCUGCCUUCUGAGCAAGAAUACAUGGUCAUUUCUCUGAAGAGCCCAAACGUCUACUUGCGCCAGUGGUCUGACGGACCCGUUUGCCAAGAGCUCCAGUUCUCCACCAUCGCUGAGUGCAGUGUGCUGGAGUACCGCAACCUCACCAUGCUCAGCAUUUUAAAGCCUUUGAUUCUCCACGGACAAGUGGCCAUCAGCAACAGCUCUGCGGAACAACUGAUAGACGGAAAUGUGUUUGUUGAUCCCAUAUUCAUCAACGUGGGCCAGCACGUGAUUCAUUCCCUGGACACGGCUAUCCGUGCGUGGAAGCAGAACCAAUAUCCAGAAUCAGAGGAGUUGGUCUUCAGCCACUUUGUGAUAUGUAACGACACCCAGGAGACACUGCGGUUUGGCCAGGUGGAUACGGAUGAAAACGUUCUAUUGUCUAGCCAGCACAGUCAUCAGUACAGUUGGCGCUCCCACAAGUCCCACCAGCUGCUGCACAUCUGUAUCGAGGGCUGGGGAAUCUGGCGCUGGUCCGAGCCAUUCACCGUGGACAACAUAGGCACAUUUGUUCGAAGCAUUCAGUACAAGGGAAGAACAGCAUCACUGAUCAUCAAAGUGCUGCCACUUAACAGUGUGCAAAAACAAAUAAUAAUCUGUGGAAGGCAAGCCAUUUGCAGCUACUUGAACCAAGACAUAGAGCUGAAGGUGGUGCAGUGUUGCAGUGGGCAAGAUGGGCAAAUGUCGAUCAAAGAACAUUUCAGCACCUUGCCGCCAAAUCAGAAGAUACCAUCUUUUGUUCUUGAGAACACAGAGUUCACUCAGUUGUAUAUCAAGGUCAAAGGAGAUGAUGUGGGGUGGUCAGCAGAUGUAUGUCCAGAAACCCUUCAGUCAGAAGACAGCACCGUCAUUCAGGUCCCAGAUUCAGACGGCUCUGUUUUACAUGUGUGGUGUUCUUUGCUGAAGUUAGAUGCAGACUCACCUGUACAGCAGAGAAUGGUGGUUUUCAGCCCUCUCUUUGUGAUGAGAAGUCAUCUCCCUGAUGCCAUUAUUCUACAUGUGGAGAGGCGAAGCUUGGGUUUAAAAGACCCCCAACUCAUCAAAGGCAAAGGACAGGACGUGUCUCUUCUGAAUGUGGCACCAGAACUUGUGCACCAUUUGACGUUUCAAGCAAGAGAGGAAGAUGAAGCAUCCCAAUGUGCCGUCCCGAUUUCAACAGCCCUUAUUAAACAAAUCGCCCAGGGGCCAGAGAGGGAACGUUCAGCCAGCAAGUUACUUGCAGAGUUCUACAAAGUGGACACUGAUGCACGCCUAGCCUGGCCUUACAUUACAAAGGAAACUGACAGCAAACACAGCAGUGAGGCUCUUGCUCAGUGGGAUAGUCCAAUGCAGGUUAAGUUGUCUGCCUGGAAGCCCUGCCUCAACACCCUUCUUGUGGAACUGCUACCUUGGGCCUUAUUCAUCAACCAGUCCAAAUGGGACCUCUGGCUGUUUGAAGGUGAAAAGAUCGUGGUACAGGUACCAGCUGGGAAAAUCAUUGUACCGCCAAACUUCAAGGAUCCUUUUCAGAUUGGUAUCUAUUGGGCCAGUACCAACACCGUACACAAAUCCACUGCAAUCAGGCUGGUGCACGAUAUCACUUCCCCUAAGUGGCAGGAUUACCCCAGUAGUGCCAUCAUCACGCUGGAUGAAGAAGGGGUCACUGACACAGAUGUAAAACUGGGUGCUUUCCCAGAUCAUCAGAAGCUGUGUCAGUUCUGCAUAUCUUCAGUGGUACGGCAUGGAAUUCAGAUCCUUGUGGUCGAAGACAAGACAGUUAUAAUUAACAACACUCGUCACAAAAUCUACUACCGGCCUAUGGUCAUCUUCCCAGAGCAAGCCACACUGAGAGAGGGUGACUGUAUGCUGGAGAGUGCUGUCUUCCACCUUGCCCCUGCUCGAGCCGAAUCUCUUGGUGUGCCAAGUUCCAUCCCUUGCUGGGACUUUGUCGCUGGUGGUAGUCUGUCAGAGUUGAGCGACCCUUUGCCCCAGAAACAUCUCCUGCUUGGCUACUGCUCUCAUAUUGGUGCAAGCAGCUGUCACAACUGGAGCCUGCCAGCUCUGAUUAGGCAUGAUUUUCCAAGGCAAAGCGUAGCCGUACCUCUUGGGGAUUCCAGUGAGAACGGAUUUUGUUCCAGGGCUGUAGUGAUGACUUAUCAGGAGCACCUCGGUGUCACCUAUGUAACUCUGAGUGAGGAUUGCAGCCCACGCAUGAUCAUUCACAACAGAUGUCCCGUGUCAAUAAUGAUGAAAGAAAGUAUCAAAGAUACCCCAAAAUGCACAGUUUAUUGUCGAAAAAUCCCCAGUGAAGCUUCAAUUCAUCACGAACUUUACUAUCACGUUUGGAGUUUCCCUGACUGCAAAACUGAAGACAACCUGCCCGGCGUUCAUCUCAGAGCAAUUCCACGGUCCGAUCUCCCAGAGGAAUGGAGUGACUGCAUUGAUCUGAAAAGUCCUGGGACUCAAGUAGUUUUCCUGCCCAGUUACGGCUAUGUGUAUGUGGAUAUCAUUCAUCAGUCCAGCACCAUAACUAUGACGUUGGCACCUGAGGGUAGAGCUGGGCCUGUUCUGACCAGCCUUUAUGGGAUGCCGCAACAGGCGAUCGCAGUCCGCGUGCUGAUCGCUCAAGCGAGCCUGACGGUAAACGACGACGUUACCAAUCAGUGCAAGUCGACCGAGCUGCUGAGAAUUACGCUGGACAAUGUCCUGUUGAACCUGGCGCCGCUGGUGAACCACUACCGGCCCGCCGUGCACGAAUUCCGAGCCGAGCCCAGUCACGGCUUCUCGGAGAUAUACCUGCUGGAGUUGUGCAUCGGGGACCUGCAGGUAGACAAUCAGCUCUACCAUCGCACCAGCUUUCACUUCCCUGCCUUGCUCUGCCGGGAGCUGAAGCCCGAGAGCCCCCAGUGGAAAACUGGCUUCAGUCCAGCCCUCUCGGCCAAAGACCUCGACGGCUACAAGCACAAAUGUUUUCUAAAAGCCCAUGUCCUCCUGAGGGAGCAGGAUUUUGUGUUUGCCGUGAAUGAGGUGAACUUUGAGCUGAAGCCUGCAAGGCUCUAUGUGGAAGACACAUUUGUUUAUUACAUAAAAACCCUGUUCAACACCUACAUCCCUGACAUCAGGCUGUACCGAAAGCAAGCAAGGACAUUGGCCAUUUCGACAGCCGUGCCCCGCGUGCCUGGGCACGUGCUGAAUGCAACGUAUGCGCUCGUGAAUCCGGUCAAAAUGCAACGGUUGACCAUCCAAGCCGUGAGCUUGCUGGUCAGCGUCCACGCAUCCAUCAAGUUGUACAUUGCAUCUGAUCACGCUCCCCUUUCAUUCUCACUCUUUGAGAGAGGACCCAUCUACACCACUCCCCGGCAACUCAUCCACGCUCUCGCCAUGCACUACGCUGCAGGAGCGUUGUUUCGAGCAGGCUGGGUCGUUGGCUCUCUGGAAAUUCUUGGAAGUCCAGCUAACUUGGUGCGAAGCAUCGGUAAUGGGAUAGCGGACUUUUUCCGUCUUCCGUACGAGGGGCUGACCCGUGGUCCAGGUGCCUUCGUCAGUGGCGUCUCCAGGGGAACAACUUCAUUUGUAAAACACAUUUCCAAAGGCACCUUGACGUCGAUCACUAACCUCGCUACAAGUCUGGCCCGGAACAUGGAUAGGCUAUCUCUCGACGAAGAGCACUAUAUGCGGCAGGAGGAAUGGCGGAGGCAGCUUCCAGACAGCCUGGGGGAAGGUCUGCGGCAAGGACUGUCCCGCCUGGGAAUCAGUCUCCUAGGUGCCAUCGCUGGAAUCGUGGAUCAGCCAAUGCAGAAUUUCCAGAAGACCUCGGAGGUGUCAGCUGGCCGCAAAGCCAAGGAUGUCAUCUCGGGUGUGGGCAAGGGGAUUGUUGGCGUCCUCACCAAACCAAUAGGUGGAGCUGCUGAGCUGGUCUCCCAGACUGGCUACGGUAUUUUACACGGAGCUGGACUAUCUCAACUUCCCAAGCAGAGGUUUCACCCCACUGAACAACAGAAUGACCAGGCCCCAAACAGCCACGUCAAAUAUGUCUGGAAAAUGCUCCACUCCUUGGGCAGACCUGAAGUGUUUAUGGCCUUAGAAGUGGUAAUCGUGAGCAACUCUGGCCAGGAAUACCAAGGAUGUCUUCUGCUCACCUCCGAGGUGCUGUUUGUGGUCAGUGUCAGUGAGGACACACAGCAGCAGGCGUUCCCAGUCACCGAGAUCGAGUGCAGCCUGCAUCCAAAGAAAGAAAACUGUCUCCACAUUGUGCUCAAGCAACAAAGGGUAUCUUACGACAGUGAGGGAGACGGCAUCCGCGAGAGGCUUUCGGAACAGCAGUACGAGCGGUUGGUGGACUACGUCACACGAACGUCACAUUACAUCAUGCCCAGCAGUGCAGCCAUGCUGCAGGCUCCUCUUGUGAUUAUCGCCGAUCCUCCAGCCGUCAGGACAAAAACCUACCAAUAUCUGGUCGAUCAGCACUGCGGAAGUGUGUUUGUGAGCAAGUUUGCCAUGGUGAAAAACAAGGCACUGCGAAAGGGAUUUCACUAGCCGCACACACAAGUGGCAACCAGAAUUAUUUCCAAGCUGACCCCUCUCUGAGUGGCAUGGUCUUGGCCAGCUUGACCGAAAUGCACCACAACUUAUUCACGAGAAGCUUUUAAUCAAAUAAAUGUGAUCUGGGUCAGUUAAUUUCCGUAAUUUAGUGAAUUUGCCUAUCUCGAUAAUAAACCUAUUGUUAAUCAACGGUGUAAAUACGGUGUUUAAUGGAAGAGGUGUGGCCACUAUGAUAAUAGAUAAUAGACCUUUUGAUACUCUGGAACACUGAAGUAAAUUUGUCCGCUGCUGCCACUGAUUAAGAUUUUAUUACUCUCCAAUGCUCGUUUCAGCAAAAGAAUUGAUAAUAUAACUGAAAAUAUUUAAGGUAAAUACAUUUUAAAGUCAGAA